AUGUUUCAAAAGUUGUUGGACAAAGAUGAGGAGAUUGCAACACUGCAGGAGGUCUAUGAGACUCAACUGGAAGAGGCCAAAAGUAGCAAUCUGUCCACUGUUGUCGUAGAAACGGAUCCACAUCCAGAGAACCAGGAGUUAAAGCAGACAAUUGAUAGCCAGGCCACAGAGAUUGCAUCAUUGCAAACUCAACAGCAGAAGUUCACAGAGCUCCUGGGGCACUUUGAGAAUGAUAGAGAGACCAAGAAUAAAGAAAUACAACAACUCAAGGAUUCCCUGAGUGAGCGGGAGCAUGUCCAAGUUGAGAAAGAGAUCUUGGUCGCCAAGUGUCAGACGCUGCAAUAUCAGGUGGAACAGUGGGAGGAUGAGGCUAAAGAAAAGGAAAUGGAGCUUCAAUUCAGUAAUCGUGAGCUGCGUGAAGAGGUUAGCCGCAUCAACUGUGCGUUUGACAGUGUGACCAAACUGAAAGAUGAGGCAAUAGAGGCCAAGCUAACAGCAGAAAUGGAAUUGGCACAAGUGAAGUGCAACAGUGAACUCAUGGAGGAAAACGCUGAACAGAUUCUGGAAGAGCUAGAGAGGAUUAAGGCGAUGGAGAGUGGCCAUUUUGAAGAGAAGGAGAACUUGAAGUCAUGCAUGAGCCAACUCCAAGAAGAGAAGAUGCAACUGCUUAAGGAGAUGAAAAAAAUGGAAGAGAAGAAUGACGAGUUGACGGCAGUCAACACUAAGCUUGCCGGCCAUCAGAACCUGAAGCAGAAGAUCCAUUAUCACCAACAGGUCAAGAAUGAGAAUGCUCAACUCAAAGAGCAACUGUUAAAGACGAGAAACGACACUAAAUGGAUAAAAGGGGAACUGGAGCAGUACAAGAAAGUCUACGGUGAUCUGAAGCUUAACGGCAACGGAAAUGGCAACGGAAAUGGCAACGGAAAUGCCAAUGGAAAUGGCAACGGAAAUGGCAAAACCCAUGGCAAUGGAGAUGACACCCUGCCUUUGGAAACAGUGAAGGAGAACGUUGAUCCAAGAACUGUCAUGUCAUGAGGGAGACUUAUGAAUAUCAAUUAACAUUGGAUACCUUGUACAUAAGAACAGAACCUUGAAUUUCAAAACAGACUAAAAUGAUUUUGACAUUGUAUCCGUACGUUUCUUUUUUAGUACUGCUAAAUUUUGAGUUUUGGUGAUCAUUGAGUAACAUGCUAGAAAAAAUGGCGGACCAGUUGUGGUCCACAUGGUAUCUGAAGAUUCAUCGACUUCAUUGAGAAUUUUUUUAUGCAAAUGAUGGAAGGCAUUCAAUUAAAUGUAUUCACACAGAUUCAAUUGAUGUACAAUUGGGAGAUGAGAUGUUCUCAGCUGAUUACGUUGUACAUCGUUUGUAACAAAUUUUGUAGUAACUAUAAGGAAGUCAUAUUUUCAUCAAGAGCAUUGUAUUAUUGCCAGUUUGAAGAUAAUCAUUUAUUGAAGCCAAAUUGAUGCAGUUAUUAACCUUACUUCAGAACCUAACAUGUGUUUUAAAAUAAGAUAAAAAAAAAAGCUGAAUUCAUUCUGUAUCCAAAAAAAAGAGUUUACUUGACUUUAGAGUAUGGAGUAAUGCAUUUACCAUUAAUUCCAAAUAGUUUUAGUAGCGAUUAUGUGACUCUUGAUUCAGGGAAACAAAGCAACUUUCCAAACAUUGCUCGCUUUUGAUUUGUCGUCCAUAUGAAUACUAUAGGGGUGCAGUGCACAAAAUGACUGUGAACCAUUCAUUCAGAAUUUUUCAUUUUAACUGAUCUCUGUCUCUUUAGUAUACUUGAGUGUCUGAGUAGCAUGCUGCCGUGAAUGUACAGUACAGAUGCAUAUGACCGGCUCUGGAUUGUUGAUAAGAUGUUAAAAACAAUUCAAAAUUUAGCAUUCGUGUGGUAGCUGAGCUCAUGGUCACCAUGUAAAUUGUUGUGUGUAUCGAUUAUUCCGUAGUCUAGUUAAACAUAAAAAGUUUGAGUUUAAAGAUUCUUUUUUAAGUUUAUUAGUCUUUGAGUUUAAAAAAUGAAAGUUUCUCCAUGAUUAUGCAGUGGAUUAUGUUUUCCUUCUUUUCCUUUUAAUUGUACAGAUAAUGUGGCAGUUCUUGGUAGUGGUGACCAAUAAUAAUUAUGGUGCCUGAUUUUUCUGCUUCCAAAGAACAGUGUUGAUGGCUGUCUUUCCUUUCGUACUGAUCUGUACAUUAAUCUAAUGUUUUAUACUUAGUUCAUGCCACACGUAUGUCACCAUAUAUGAAAUGAACAUUGUUCUCUAAUAUUUACAUGCAUUCAAAUUCGUGACAUUGUUAUACCUCAUAUCAUUUUACCUUAAACGUCGCUGUUCUAAUUUUAGAGGAACUGUUUGGACUUAAAAUUUUGUUACUUUUAGAAUUGUUUUCAAUAGCUUCCGUUCAAGUGUAGUUUGUGUAACACGAUAAAAACCUGUACAAUUUCUGGUAAACGGCCUUCUGGAUAUAUAUUUUUUCUUCAAAUUAAAUAUAACCCAAUCAGUAUUUUGAGAGUGAUUUUCCUAAUAAUUCCAUAAAAUGUCAUGUACCUUUUUUCCAGUGUAAAAAGUAUUGUACAAAUUUACAAGAGGCAGCAACAAUAGUUAUCAUAGCAACAUUGUACGAACUCGGUGCAUUUCAGUAAUGUAAAUGAAUGAAAGAAUAGCCUCGGUAUUUCCACAUAUUGCGUGUGUUGGUAAGUCAUUUAUCAUCGCUUCUAAACAAUGUGCUUCGCAUGCACGGAAAUUGACGUUGUUCUCAAGAUACUGAUUUUGCCUGCUUUUAAAUUUAAUUUUCAUUUAAAUUAUCAAGAUUCUUAAAAUAAGUUGCAUAUACAUGUAUGCGAAAAGACUGAUUACAGGUAUCUUGACUUGCUACAAAUACGGUGCGUUUUAUGAAGAACUUAUGAACCAGUACAUGUACCUUAGAUCUUGCAUUCUGUUUUGAAUCUACUUUGCACAUGGAACGUUUGAUUAAAUAGACUGGAGUCUCUGAACGUGUCACCUAAAAAUCUAGCAGGAAAUUAAAAUCAAAAUUUCCCAGAUUAGUUCAAUCCCGAACAUUGUGUUAUAAUGAAGUUGCAUUACCAUGAAGAUAAUACAUGUAGGUGAUGGAUUGAGGUGAAGUUCAGUGGGAGGUAUGCCUGUUUUUAGCCGUAGAACUCGGUCCUUUACAAAAAACUUCAUGUUUACAUGUAUACACGUACUUGUACUUGACUGAUUGCCGAUUUGCUGAACAUUUUCUGUUAACACAAACCAGUAAGCACAAUUGUGCCUUUAAAGUCAAUAGAAUUGUGCUAUGCGUAUGCUCUUAUGACGAAAAAGGCUCUACAAUAUAUGUAUUUGCUUAUGCAAACCUUCGUUUUUAAUCAUUAUAAUUGAAUCUACUUUGAUGUACAUGUGCUGCUGCUUUAAAACUAAAUGCAGAAAUAAAUUCCAAACCAUGGUAUGGCAAGUUAA